GUAAGUUGAAACUCCUCAGAUGAUUCUGUGAGCACCGAGCGGAAGGAUCAGAGUUCAGGAAAGGAAAGGUAGAGAUGGAGCGUGACUCAGCACAACAUGUUGCUACAGGUCCGAGCAAAGGCAAUUCAGAGGUGGAUUCUCUGUUCCGAAGUGCUACAAGUGUGGAUCCUAAUGAAGAAUAUAAAAUGAACCACAAACGCAGAGGCCUGGCGCUCAUCUUCAAUCAGGAAAACUUUUACUGGCACCUCCGGCUGAACUCCAGGCACGGAACCAACGCGGACAGGGACGGCCUCGUCAAGAGGUUCACCGAUCUGGGCUUUUAUGUGAAGGCUUAUACUGAUAGAAAGCGAGAAGAAAUCCUGAGCAUCAUCACUAAAGCUGCUAAUGAGGACCACAAGGACGCCGACUGCUUCGUCUGCGUGUUCCUGAGUCACGGGGAGAACGGCCACGUGUACGCGUACGACAAACAGAUCGAGAUCCAGGACGUGACGGCUCUGUUCCGGGGAGACAAGUGUCCCAGCCUGGUGGGGAAGCCCAAGAUCUUCAUCCUGCAGGCGUGUCGUGGCGAUAAACACGACGAUCCGGUCACCCCCAUGGACGCGGUGGACAGUGAGAUGACCAAUCAGGUGGUGGUGGACGCGGGCGUGGUUCACACCCUUCCUGCUGGGGCCGACUUCAUCAUGUGCUACUCCGUAGCGGAGGGUUUCUACUCUCACAGGGAGACCAUUAACGGCUCGUGGUACGUACAGGACCUGUGCGAGAUGCUACACAAGUUCGGCUCCACGCUGGACUUCACCGAGCUCCUCACGCUGGUCAACCGCCAAGUGUCUCAUCGCAGCAUCGGGAACUGCAGGGACCUUUCGGCCAUCGGCAAGAAACAGGUGCCCUGCUUCGCCUCGAUGCUCACCAAGAAGCUCUACUUCAGGCCCAAGAAAUGAGACGGUGAUCAAACGUCCACAGACGCAUCAGGUCUGUGCGCCGCGGUGGAGGAGUCCACGCAGGAGUUACAGGAGCAGAACGUUUAGAAUAGUUUUAGGAACGACCUCAGGUUCAUGGGAGCUCUGCUACUCAAACCUCUACUAGGUAGAUCAGGGAACCAAUGAGAACGCUUGCUUUUAUCAAGGGACCAACAAAAAUUUCCAGUUGCCUCAGGGAACCAAUGAAAUUAAAGGAUUGUAAUUAGGGAGCCGGUGAGAUCUGUGUGGGAGCGCCGACGAUAAAACGUGAUUGUUUUAGGUUUUAGGGGACCAUUCGUUUAUUUUCACUAAUCAUGGUCGCAGUGGGUCCAGAGCCACCCAGACGUGCCUCUUACAAAGCAGGAAUUACCCGGCGUGCACAAUUCACUUACUCACUUGCAACCAGGGUGGAUUUAUAGCAGCCAACACCCCUACUGGAAGUUUAGGAAGGUGUAAAUACCUGUAGGGGAAAAAACUGUCCACACCCAUUCUACCAGCUCCAUAAAGUGGGUACCAUGCCUCAAAAUUGUACUCCAGACCUGGGUUUAAAAUGAAAUUCUCACUCUUGUCAGCAUGUUUUUCCUCUGGGUACACUUUCUAGCUUCUCCCAAAGCAUGCAGAAGGUGGAUUUGCUGCUCUAAAUUGCCUCUGGGUGCAACUUUUGUUGCAAUUGUGAUUUAGUCACUUUAGAUUGAAGGAUCACCGCGAUGCCACUAUACGUGAUUGCAAUAAAUAACAUAAUGACGUUUUUUCUAUCCUGAUAGGAGUGGUCUUUCCCAGUAUGCCUUUAGUGAGCAGAUCUCAACCCAGUUGAGCGUCCGGGAGAUUCCAUGAGUCUCAGUAACAGGGACCUCUGGAAUUUGAACCAGUCUGACAGGAUCAAGCUGAAAGUGCGGCCUUGUUUUACUUCAUUCACCCACUUACUGUGAAUUUCUGUAGAAGCGAGGGCAGGUGAUGCUGGUGAAUUUGCAGCAUUUACUGGUUUAACUGGUUCAGCGUUUCUAUGAGAGAAACGGUGGGGUCGAGGGAACACACUUUCAUUUUUGGGUUUGUCUUUCUACAAGGGACUCGGCAGGAUCUCAUUGGCUUUUUUGUUUUGCAAUGUUUUUGUUCUAUACAUACAAAACCAUCUGUGUUUGAGGCGGGCAUUUCAAUAAAACCUAUUGCUUUAUUAUCCAGACGUCACAAGUUCGAGCCCUCAUGAUUCCAUGAGCCAUUCUGCAGCUGAGAACCGAGAGCUGAUUGGUCCUGCUGUCUGGGUAGGAAUGGGUGAGGAUGUGUAGCGGCCCCUUCCAGUGCAUUGAUCUGCACAGUGGCAUUAGACAGAAGGGGUGAAAAUAAAGUGAAUAUUCAGGCUUUCAAUUUUUUAUUUGUCUUCGUCUGGGAAAAACAGGGUCCCAGACCAAGUAGGGACGAUCAAUCCUUACCUCUGGUCAUUGUCUUUAAAAUGUUUGGCAUGAUCUCCCCAUGCCAAACUCUGGAUGGGUGUUCUCCAGGUUAUCUGGUUCCUUUCUAACUCCUAAAACAUGCAUGAAAUUGGGCUGGGCGUUCCCAAUUACAUCUAGCUGUGAGUAAGUGUGUUGCUGCCUGCCUUUGGCCCAAUGUUUUCAGGUGGUGUUGGACCCACUGCAACCCUGAUCAGGAUGACAUGGUCAGUGAAAAUAAAUGAACAAAAAUUGAAAUAAAUGUUUGUUAUAGGGAAACAUAAUGAAGUGAUCUAUCAUGAUCUCAUAAUAAUCGAUUACUUGAAUUGUAUUCAGUCACAAUUGUAGAUCGCAGCAGCCAGCAGAGGGCGCCAGAGCGCUAAAUUACCACAUUUAAUAGCAUCAUGUUGAUCCUUUUCUAAUCGACGUUACCUCAGUGUGCACAAUAUUUCUUUUUUAAUUUCUUAAGAUUAGUAAAUAAUAAGCUUUUUUAUGAUGUUUAAUAGUAAAAUGCAAUGUAAAAUGUGAUAUGUAAAGCACUAAACGUUACCACAGAGCCUGGGAUUCACUACACUACAUAUGACGCUAACGUGGCUAAUAGUGGAAGCUUGUAGCUACCAGUUUAGCAUCCUCGAAUCUUCACAAAAGUUCCAUUUCAAAAGUAUUUGGACGCAUAUAAAUCAUUAAGUUCUGUUCCUUGUCAACAGGGGUACAGAGAUCAGUUCUGUAAAAUAAGUUAUAUAAGUUACUUCCAACUUUAUGGAGGUUGCUUUGUGCACGCUAACGGGAAAGGGCCUUCCCCAAACUGCUGCCAUAAAGACAUGGUUUGACUAUUUUGGUGUAAAGAAACCCUGAAUACAGAAUAUACUGGUUCAUAAAUAAUGGUAGUACGUAGUCAAACAUACGUUUGUAAACAUUGUUCACGCUGCUAAACUGGUAGAUAUAACUCCCAGUACACCUUUCCAUUGUUAGCCUGCUGGUUCCAGCACAAAACUAAAAAACUACAAACUUUAAACUGUUUAAGCUAAUCAGCCACUUUUGGGAUGAAUUAGAACAUCCUGUACACUAUUUUACUCAUCUGUUGAAUUCAUGUGUUCUGUCUAAACGAGUGGAAACUUGAAAACAAAUGGAAACCAGUAAACUGUGUGUUUUAUUCUUUUCAUGAAAUCCUGAAAACCUAAACAGACACUUUCUUUAUGAACAAAUAUCACUGGUUUGAUUUUUUUAAAAAUCUUUUUACAUUUACAGUGUAAAGAUUUGUCCAUGUUUUAUUUAAAUGUACUCCUGUAAGUCAUUGUUGAACACUGGGUAGCACUGUUGACCUUUACUGGACCACCACACAGCCGAGUGUGUUUAUUUCAAAAUGUGUCUUUAAAUGCUGGAUUUUUGGGAGAUUUUUGGGUUUUUUAUUCAACCUGUGAUGUUCGGGAACAAUUUUAGACUUUGUGUUGGGAGAUUGUAAUUACAAUAUAAUAAAAAAGCAAAAGUUCA